GAUGACUUGCCAGGUCAACAUGACCUCGAGUCGACAUGCAAUAAACCCGGGACCGACCAAUUGGUCGCUACAACAUAAUCUCCUGCAGCCCAGCGCGGACGCGGCCGUUGGACCCCAUCGGCAUCCACAGGUCACAACCCGCGGACAAGGGUCACCAGCUGUCGCCACACCAACGCACGAGACAAACGGGCAUGUAGCGGUGUAGCCGAUGGCACCAGCCACCACGGGAAGCGUGAGUUGGCUCGCAUGAAGGAUUGGGCUCCGGAGCACAACCGCGGGUGUACGUAGACCAGACAAGACAAUCAUAUUAAUGGCUCAGCAGACAACCAGGUCCGGCAAGUAACCUCGCCACAGGAAAUAAACACAGUAAGUAGCAAUAAUAGCGAAAACGGCAAUCCAACCGCGAGCCAAGCGAUCCCGAGGUGGUAUUGUUG